AUGUCGUCUUUGCCAGGAACGGUACCACGAAUGAUGCGCCCGGCUCCCGGACAGAACUAUCCCCGCACUGGAUUCCCUCUGGAAGUAUCUACUCCUCUGGGCCAGGGACGGGUCAACCAGCUUGGGGGGGUCUUCAUUAACGGCCGACCGUUGCCCAACCAUAUCCGACACAAGAUAGUCGAGAUGGCCCACCACGGGAUCCGGCCCUGCGUCAUUUCGCGCCAACUUCGUGUCUCCCACGGCUGCGUGUCCAAGAUCCUCUGCCGCUACCAAGAGACCGGGUCCAUCCGACCCGGCGCCAUAGGUGGCAGCAAACCCCGGCAGGUAGCCACGCCGGAUGUAGAGAGAAGGAUUGAAGAGUACAAGCGGGACAACCCUGGCAUGUUCAGCUGGGAGAUCCGGGAUAAGCUACUGAAGGACGGGGUGUGUGACAGAAGCACAGUCCCUUCAGGUGAGGCCUCCUCUGUGAGUUCGAUCAGCCGUGUACUUCGCGCUCGUUUUGGGAAAAAGGAGGAUGAGGAUGAGUGCGAUAAAAAGGAAGAGGACGGAGAAAAGAAAACGAAACACAGCAUCGACGGCAUCCUCGGGGACAAAGGCAGCCGGAUGGAUGAAUCGUCAGACGUGGAAUCAGAGCCUGACCUUCCACUGAAGAGGAAACAGCGUAGGAGUCGGACUACUUUCACAGCGGAGCAGCUGGAGGAGCUGGAGAAGGCUUUUGAAAGAACACAUUAUCCUGAUAUUUACACUAGGGAGGAGCUGGCCCAGAGAACAAAACUUACUGAGGCCAGGGUCCAGGUGUGGUUUAGCAAUCGAAGGGCCAGGUGGCGAAAACAAGCAGGAGCCAAUCAACUUGCAGCAUUCAAUCACCUUCUGCCAGGUGGAUUUCCUCCUGCAGGGAUGCCAACACUUCCUACAUAUCAGCUGCCAGAAUCCAACUACCCGACCAACACUCAAGAUGGUGGGGCUACUGUUCACCGUCCCCAACCCUUACCUCCUUCCACCAUGCACCAGAGUGGUUUAUCAAGUCCUGACGGCAGCACUGCCUAUGGUCUGGCAACCAACCGGCACAGCUUCUCCAGCUACACUGAUACCUUCAUGAACUCUGGUACUCCUAGUAACCAUGUCAACCCUGUCAGCAAUGGGCUAUCUCCACAGGUUAUGAGCAUCCUGAGUAACUCCAGUGGUGUGUCCUCACAAACACAGCACGAUUUCCCAAUCUCACCUCUCCACAACACUCUGGACUCUACUUCAUCCAACAGUAUUUCAGCCAGCUGCAGCCAGCGUUCAGCUGAGGCCUCCAUUAAGACGGUGGACAGCCUUCCCUCUUCCCAGUCUUACUGUCCCCCCACAUACAGCACCACCAGCUACAGCAUGGACCCAUCUGUGGCUGCUGCCGGCUAUCAGUACAGUCAGUACGGCCAGACAGCUGCUGCUGUGGAUUACCUGGCUAAGAACGUCAAUCUCUCCAAUCAGCGCAGAAUGAAGCUGGCUGACCACUCAGCUGUACUGGGACUGCUGCAAGUUGAGACAGGCCAAGCAUACUAG